CGCAGCGCGUUCUCUCUGCGUUCUACCUCCGCUGCGCGUUCGCUCUCCGCCCUGGUGGACGCCAAGUGGGUGCGCAACGCGCAGGAGUCCGGCGAUCCGGAGCUGCUGCUGUUCGACUGCAACCACCCGGCGUCCUACCCGCGCGGCCACCUCCCGGACGCGGUGCCGCUGCCGCUGGCCGCGUCGCUGCUCAAGGACCCGACGCCGCAGGCCACGGGCGUCGUGAGCGCGCAGCUGUUCGCCGGCGUGCUGCAGUCGCUGCAGGUGCCGGCGCACGCGACGCUCGUGUUCUACGACGACGAGAUGAGCCUCAAGGCCACGCGCAUGUGGUGGGUGUUCCGCCACUACGGCUUCCCGGUAGAGCAGCUCAAGGUGCUGGACGGAGGCGUCAAGCAGUGGGCGGCGGAGGACAACGAGGUGGAGAUGGGUCCACCGGAGGACAGAGAGGUGUCCACCUCGACGCUCUGGACGCAGCCGGUGGACACCCAGAAAUUGGUGGGCUUUAACGCCGUGCAGAACGGAAUCGCCGAUGCGUCCGCCCAGUUUGUGGACACGAGGUCCUUGGGCGAGUACUGGGGGGAGGACGCCAAUGGAAACGCCCGGACUGGGCACGUGCCCGGCGCCUUCAACUUCAACUGGAUGGAGGGCGUGGACUUCACCCAGAACGGCAAG